AUGGCUUCCUUGGAAGCCAUGCAAUAUCCUGACAUGAGUUAUCCUUAUAUGACCUAUUCUGAUGGCGUCAAACUCGCAUUCAACUUUAGGGAGUUUAUUAGAAACCAUCGUUUUUAUUAUUUUUUGAACUAUUUUUCCUAUGUGCUUGACCUUUCAUCUAAUAACUUGUCUGGAAAGAUUCCCACAGAAGUAAUGAGCCUAGGCGGAUUGCUAUAUUUGAAUUUGUCAAGAAAUCAUCUGGUCGGACCUAUCCCACCAAGCAUCGGUGAAAUGGAAAAUUUAGAAGUUCUUAAUUUAUCAAGGAACCACCUUUCAGGCACUAUGCCCACUGCCAUGAUAGAUAUUCCCUUCCUCAUGGAUUUCAACGUGUCAUAUAACAACUUGUCAGGGGAAAUUUUACAUACCGGCCAGUUUAGUACAUUUCCAGACUCAAGCUAUAUAGGGAAUCAUCAACUUUGUGGGCCUCCACUUUCAAAGAUAUGCUCAAGCAAUGAAUCAUUCGGAGAUCCACAUUGUAGCAUUGAAGAAGGAGAUGAAGAAAAGCAAGGCAUUCAAAAAGAAGAGCAGUAUGGCUUUGAAAUAACUUCAUUUUAUUUAAGCAUGGGACUUGGAUUUAUUGCAGGGUAUUGUGGAUUUUGGUGCUCUUUACUGAUGAACAGAUCUUGGAGGCGCACUUAUUUCCGCCUCUUGGGCAACAUGAAUGAAAAAAUUUCUGGGAUGGUACAAGGUAGCAGUUGGAGUAGCCAAAUUGCAAAGGAAGUUUCAACACCAACAAACUCCCAAGUAAAGGGUCGUCAAUAUAGUUCUGUACAAUACUCGCUUUUGCGAGUACCUUCUUUAUGUCUCUUUAAGUAUUAA